AUGGCUCAUGCAAGAUUAUGCCAAGUUGAACAGAAUGUUAUUGAUGUUCAACAACAAUGUAAAGUUUCAUGUUCUUCACUCAUCAGUUGUGAAGAAACUGAAAAAUCAUCAACUACCAAAACUCUGCAGUCCUGUCUGCAGAGUAAUUCGAGUCCAAAACCUUCUCUCAUCCUAACUGUGUGUAAGAAUGGUAAGGAGUAUUCAAUGAGGAAGAGGGAAAACAAGUCCACAAAACGACCAUCCAACAGAUUGGAGGAAACUCAAAAAUCCAAACGUCGUCACUUGGAAGACUUUCCUCUUGUUUUAACUCCAGUUUGCUCCUCUUUCAAUCUUCAAUCACAAGAUUCAAUUUACUCACCAAUCAUCAUUACUCCAUGCACCAGCAAUUUGAAUGAUAUUACCACAGAAAUCUCUGGUAUGCCUAUUACUCCAAAGAGUUCCUCUGAAAUAAGUGCUAGUUGUGAUGAAUUCUCUCAAAGCGAUUCAGAAGAGCCGUCAUCUGUUGCUACUGUUGAUUCCCGUACGACUCAAAACACUAGACACCGUUCUAAUUCUAAUAUUGUUCAAACUUCUUCUGAAGUUUCCACACCAGUCAUUCCAUUAACUAGUUCGACAAUUACACCAUACUCCUCCACAACAACUUGCUCCAUAACCUCCCAAUUCGAUUCCCUUUCUUCUCCUUCCUCUCCUUUGUCUUCGUGCCAUCCAUCUGAAAAUUACACUGAUGACGAAAUUAAUAUUUUCUUCAAUAGUUGGAUGGAUUGUUACGAACUCAAAAAGAAACAAUUCAUUAAUUCGAGAAAUAAAUUAUAA